AUGGCUACAAACGGAACCUAUCCUGUCUGCUCUGAGAACUGCCGUGAUCCCAAUACCUGGAAAAGGCAAAUUGCUACUGGCUGCUGUGGGCUGAUUGGACUAGCUAUUCUGGGGACUGUUUCGGAUUGUCUGGAAAGACGGAAGAUAAUGAGCAAGACUCGCGGCUUUGAACAGAAGUGA